CAGAUGCUCUCCCGGGCCAAGCCGGCUGUGGGAAGCACCCCGCCGCAGGGAGACAGACGGAGGAAGAAAGGGAAGAAGGUGCCACAGCUGGAGGAGCUGCUGGCCGGGAGGGACUUCACCGGCGCCAUCGCCUUGUUGGAGUUUCAGCGGCACGCGGGUGAGCAACAGGAGGAUGCUGACCUCUGGAUCGGAUACUCUGCCUUCCAUCUGGGUGACUACAAGAGAGCUCUGGAGGAGUAUGAGGCCUUGACCAAACAACCAUCUUGCAGUCCUGAUGUUUGGGUGAACCUUGCGUGUACCUACUUCUUUCUGGGAAUGUAUACACAAGCUGAACAAGCAGCCUUGAAAGCACCUAAGAGUCGUCUUCAGAACCGUUUACUCUUUCACCUGGCACAUAAGUUCAAUGAUGAGAAGAAACUGAUGAGCUCUCACCAAAAUCUGCAAGACAUUACAGAGGAUCAGCUUAGCUUGGCAUCUAUCCACUACAUGCGGUCCCACUACCAAGAAGCUAUUGAUAUCUACAAAUGCAUUCUUCUUGAAAAUCGGGAGUACUUGGCUCUGAAUGUGUAUGUGGCUUUAUGCUAUUAUAAACUGGAUUACUAUGAUGUAUCACAAGAAGUGCUAGCUGUUUAUCUUCAGCAAGUUCCUGACAGCACCAUUGCUCUGAACCUCAAGGCUUGUAACCAUUUCCGACUAUACAAUGGAAAGGCUGCUGAGGCAGAACUCAAGAACUUGACGGACAGUGCCUCAUCAUCUUUUGAGUUUGGGAAGGAGCUCAUUAAACAUAAUCUGGUGGUGUUCCGAGGAGGAGAAGGGGCUUUGCAGGUGCUGCCUCCUCUGGUUGAUGUUAUUCCUGAGGCAAGACUGAAUCUUGUGAUUUACUAUCUCCGGCAAGAUGAUGUGCAGGAGGCUUAUAACCUGAUUAAAGACUUGGAACCUACAGCUCCACAGGAGUAUAUCCUCAAAGGAGUAGUAAAUGCAGCUCUUGGACAAGAAAUGGAUUCGAGAGAUCAUCUGAAAAUUGCUCAGCAGUUCUUCCAGUUGGUGGGUGAAUCAGCCAGUGAAUGUGAUACCAUUCCAGGGAGACAGUGCAUGGCCUCCUGCUUCUUUCUUCUUAGACAGUUUGCUAAUGUCCUGAUUUACCUCAACUCAGUCAAGAGUUACUUUUACAAUGAUGACACUUUUAACUUCAACUACGCCCAAGCCAAAGCUUCCAUGGGCCUUUUUAGUGAAGCUGAAGAGGUGUUCCUUUUGAUCCAGAGUGAGAAGAUAAAGAAUGAUUUUGUUUACCUUAGCUGGCUGGCUCGCUGCUAUAUUAUGAAUAAGAAACCACAGUUGGCCUGGAAGCUCUAUCUGAAGAUGGAGACCUCAGGGGAGUCCUUUAAUCUACUGCAGCUCAUUGCAAAUGAUUGCUACAAAAUGCGUCAGUUUUACUAUGCAGCCAAAGCAUUUGAUGUCCUGGAGAGACUGGACAGUAAUCCUGAAUACUGGGAAGGCAAGAGAGGUGCUUGUGUUGGUGUCUUUCAAAUGAUCUUAGCUGGCCGAGAGGCAAAAGAGACUCUGCGGGAAGUACUGCAUCUCCUGAGAAGCACUGGUAAUUCUCAAGUGGAGUACAUUAUCCGCAUCAUGAAAAAGUGGGCCAAGGAGAACCGAGUCCCUGUCUAAACCAAUGCCACAAAAUGAACACAGUCAGUUACUGCUUUCUGUGUGACUAUAAUACGUGGGGUUUGUUUUCUCCCAUGCAUUCUGAGUAUUUCCUUCUUUGCAGGACUUUCAGACAUGAAGCAGGUUGACCAAGCUGAGCAACAGUGUCGUUCAAUGAAGCUGCAAAACAGCCAGCAAUUUUGGGUUUUGUUUGUUUUUGUGUUGGAUUUUUUUUGUUUGCUUCUUGUUUUUGUUCAUUAAAGCAUUAUUGAUAUUUUUUCUAUGUAAAGAGUUCUAUAUACUACCAGCUUAGGGUAAAAAUACAACUACAUUCUGAACACUGUCCUUUUCUGGAUAAAUUGUCUCUUACUUAUAUCUGAAAGAGCUGUUAUCUCUCUAAACGCUAAUUCUGAAGAUGAGGGUUAAUCAGUCCCAAAUACUGAGAUUCAAAUUGGCUUAUUUGCUCUCUAGGUUAGUAACAAAGCAUGACGAUAGCAUCAAUUUCAGUGCAUGGAGGUUUGACUGACUUGAGUAUUUAAUCUUGCUUUGUUGAUGUUCAAAGGAACCAGAGCUGAAUCUUUAGAAUAAUUUUCUUCAGCACUUACUACCCUAGUUGUAAAUAAAUUUAUUAUACUUUUGAGGUAAUUACUCUAAUAUAUUCUGAGGAGAACAAUUCAGGACACAUGAUUCUAAAAGAAGACAAUAGUUAUAACACAGAAAUGUAUUAUAUGGUUUGCAGUGAAAAACAUUUGUAUAUUACUUGUAAAAGUAAAAUUUACAAUUUGUAAAUUUGUAAAUUACUUCUGAAGUAUUUUUGUAUCUUUUUUUUGGAGGGAGGGGAGUCUGGAUGCGGUAUUCACUGCUGUCUGUGCUUUGAUUAAAGCUCUUAAUUGAAUCUACAA